GUUGCUGGGUUACAAGACGGUAUCAUUGCAUUAUAGUUUCCGUAGCAACCUGAAAACUAAAGCAUAUUCCCCUGUAGCAGGCAAAGGAGUUCACUGGCUGUUUUUGACUAUACCAGACAGAAAACGUUACUGCUUAUGGGCAAAGCUAUACCAUGGAAUGCAGAAGAAAGAAAUCAAAGUAUGAAGUUUAAAUGAAAGAAACGUUUUUUGAGCAAUUACAGUUCUCUAAAGCUGAAAACAGAAAACAAUGGAAAAUACUUAUUCUUGCAGUAACUUAUGAUAAAUUGUUCAAAGUAAAAGGACAUUUCAAACUGUAAUAUAAACACAGGAACAAAAAAAAAAAAAAAGAAAAACUGAGAAAAAAAACCCUGAAAAUAGUCUAGUGCGGGUUUACACUUUUAAUGUAUUCAAUGUCCAAAAGUGAAUGCCAAAGUGAGAGUGUAAAGUUAGCUAAUGCGCCAAGCAGUUUCUCAUUUACACGUCAUCAAAGAACCAUUAGACCAGAGACGGCUAUCCUAGCAAAAAGAUCAACCUCAAAAAAUAUGUCCCAGGGUCAGCAAAACAGACCGGUUAUUCCUCCAAGAAGGCUAGCAUUUAAAGUGUGCUACAUUUGUGGAAGAGAAUUUGGGUCAAAAUCUAUUGCUAUUCAUGAGCCCAAGUGUCUUGAGAAAUGGCAGACAGAAAAUGAAAACUUACCAAAGCAUUUGAGAAGACCAGUCCCAACUAAACCUCAGACUUCUACUGAUGGGGCAGAUACCGAUGAUAAUGAAGCAGCCUGGCUUAGUUCCCAGGCACAACUUUUGCCCUGUGGGAACUGUGGUCGUACAUUCCUUCCGGAACGACUCAUUGUGCACCAAAAGGGUUGCAAACCAAACAGUAAGAACUUGGGCUCCUUAAACUCUACAGCUAGCAAGGCAUUAUCAAAUUCCAAAACGAUGACAGAAUCUACAGCAACUAGUGAAUCUUACAAUGCCAAGAGCUCUCACAGCUCAAUGCCAAAAACCUUAAUUUGCUACAUAUGUGGAAGGGAGUUUGGCACUAAAUCUCUCCCUAUACACGAACCAAAAUGUCUUGAGAAAUGGAGAAUGGAGAAUGACAAGUUACCUAAAGGACAAAGGAGACCUAUGCCUCAGAAGCCUCAGCUUGAAACCUCUAGAGGAAGAAGCCAAAAAGAGCAAAAUGAAGCAGCGUGGCAGAGUUUUAAGGGCCAGCUAUUAGUAUGCUCUAAUUGUGGUCGGUCAUUUGCAAGUGACAGACUUGUAGUCCACCAGAGGAGCUGCAAGACUAAAGCCACAAGUUCAAAUAUCAAAAAUUUAAGUACAAAUAAACAAACACAAAAUAAGGAAACCCUGGAAAACACGACAGAUAAGACCCCGGUGGUAAAACAGCCUCCAACUGUUGUCUGCUACAUCUGCGGACGUGAAUUUGGCACUAAAUCUAUCAGUAUCCACGAGCCUCAGUGCUUAAAAAAAUGGCAUCUGGAGAAUGAAAAAUUACCCAAGAAUUUACAACGACCUGAACCUAAAAAGCCAGAGGUUAGACCAAUUGGAGCUAAAGGUUCGUAUGAUGUUGGUGCUUUAAAUGAGGCUGCCUGGCAGAGUGCCCAGAACCAGUUGCUUCCAUGUGAAAUUUGUGGACGUACAUUCCUGCCAGACAGACUCCUCGUUCACCAGCGGUCCUGUAAACCGAAAAAAACCAAAGUAGCCAGAGUCACAGCCCUGCAUGAUAAUGUCAUAAAGUCACCAAGGGAACAAUAAAGUCUCUGGUUUGUAAGCAUGGCUUAAGGAUAACAUGUGAUAUGUUGAGAUUACAUAUGCAGACAUUUGGUCACCAUUUAACUGGUGCAAAGAAUUUGUAUUGUGUUGUGAUGUUUAUGUAAGUGUUAAAAUCACUAUUACUUUA